UUCCCCGCCAGAUCCGACGAUCGAAAGACAAAGGCAACUAUAGCUGAAGCCACCUAUCAAGUACCUUUCAAGUGCCCAAUCACUUCUCUACUGACAACGAUUGAGUCAAGCUGCAGGUUGUUGCAGCCAGCCAAGGAGUCCUUCCUUCCAUUUUCAACUCGACCCGGCGAGGCGGCGUGUGCGUCGGCCUCCCUCCCCAAUUCAUCAAUCAAUUCAAUUGCGCUUCCUCUCUGCCACGCCAACGACCAACGCGGACAACAUUCUCUACCGACUUCACAUCCCGCUCUCACUCUGUGCACCUCUCCAUCCAUCACUCUGUCUUCUUCACACUUCAGCGAUCUCUCAACCGACUCUCGACUGCAUUGUCGCCUUAUCCACGAUUAACCGGCCCGCAUCCCUUCGAACCUCUCCGAACCCCUCCUCCACAUUCGAACCACAUUCCCACGUCGCAAGUUGUUGGUGUGCAUUGAUUACACCCUCGACUAUCAGCAAUCUCGAGUGAUUCUCGGACUGCAACGUUACUUGAUCUGCGAUCGCCGGCCCGUGCCCUUACGCCGCGGAUUUGAUUCAGGAUUGAUACAUUUGAAAAGGCGGUCUCAAGCGCUCAAACCUUGCAACACCCUUGCCAAUUCACAAGCGUCACCAAUCGUCCUUGAUUACAAUCGAGCUUCACUCGAUCGAGCACCUCGCUUGACGCCACUAUAUUCUCCCUCAUAAGACUGUCAUACUCUGCAUCCAAUAGGACGGAAUCAGCCCGGACAAGGUCGAAUCUCUGCUUACAGCGCAUACUGCAGUCAGCCUUAUCCUCUAUACGUCCGAGACUCGCGUCAUACAUGCCAGAUCCCUGGUAGCAGACUCUCUUGGUUAUCCUCUUUCGGACCUGCCCACGCCCUCGGGACGGGACUUUCCUUCGAUAUCCGGCUUGCUUGACGACCACUAUUACCGAGAAGAGCUUUGCGAUGGCUGAGGCUGUGUGAUAUGCGAUUUUGACAACGUUAUCGAGGAUCACCACACGCUUAUAUCACCAUCACUAUAUCUUUAAGCCCCGACCCAUUCCUCUUUAUUUUCCCCUAGACCAUGACUCACUCCUCAGGUGGGAUGCCGUACAUCAAGAGCGAGCCCGAUGAUUUCGGCAACAACCCCAAUCAGUUCAUGUCUUCUUCCAACUUCAAUACCUCUCAGGGUUUCAACAACCAAUUCAAUGUUCAGGACAAUGGAAGCAUAAAUCCGUCCGAACUGUCCAACUUCGGCGGCAUGCAGUACAACUUUGGCGGCAACAUGUCGUCGAGUUUCAACAUGGGCAAUUCAGGUUACGAUGACAGCGAAUUGCUGGAAAGUCUAGACUUCUCUCAUAAUGGUCAAGGCAUGUUGGAUGACUUCACAACCCUCAACCAGUCGAGCAACAAUAACAGAGGUUCAGGUGCCAUACCCAUGAGCCAACAAAACCAGAUGUCCAACGUGUACUCGAGUACGCCGGAUGGACCACCCAUUCAGAGCCCCUUUCUGGGAACGUUCGACUACAAUCAAUUUCGACCUAUGGGUUCGUUGCCACAGCACAUGUCACCUCUCCAGGGUGGCCAGUUCGGUAAACGUCCAAGCAUACAAUCAGCGAACCGCAAAUCCUCCUCGGACCAGAGAUCGCCAUUGACUCCACGAGCGGCCGCCAUGGCAGGACUUCACAUUGGCACUCCAGAGUCCGGAAAUCUUGCCAAUAGUCGACCAAUUAGAGCCCCCAAUCUACACAGCCGCCACUCUAAGACUCUUUCUGGCCAGUAUGAUAGCACUCCCGGAAGUCUUCACUCGUACCUGGACUCCCCUUUGUCAUCACCGGGCACUGGCAUGCAUCAUGCUGGCAUCUCAGAAACCAUUGGCUCUGGACAACAUGCGUCCUUGCCUGCCAAGGUUGAAAAUGGCAUGACAAGUGCAGAAACCAUAGAAGCCAAGAAGCGCCGGAGACGAGCUUCGCAUAACGCCGUGGAACGAAGACGUCGAGACAACAUCAACGAACGGAUACAAGACCUAUCGCAUUUGGUACCACAGCAUCGACUCGAUGACGACAAGGUCAAGAAACAAUUGCAAACCAGCGGUCCGUUGUCACCGACGAUGGGUGCUACUAGCAUGAGCCCUCCCAAUGCUAACAACGCGGCAACCUCAUUGCUUGCAGGUGCCUCGGGUCGGCGCGCUGCUAGUACUGCGGGUAACAUUACCAUUGGGCUGCCCAUUGAAGACAAGGAAAAGGGUCCCAACAAAGGUGAUAUUCUCAACGGCUCAGUCAGCUGGACACGAGACCUAAUGUGGGCACUGCAUCUGAAAUAUCAGCAGGAAGAUGAGUUAGCAUCAUACAUCACCCAGUUGGGUGGUCAGUGGCCAUUUCAGAUUACAGACGACGAGAAACGGAUGCGCUCUGAGGUCCUGGAUGCCAUGGAGAAGAACGAUUCAAGUACGUUUUCAUACUCUAGGACAGACGGAAGCGGUCUCCGUGUGCCUCGCCACACCAAUCUUGCUGGAGACAAGGCUCAAGGCAACUCCAGUAUGAGCCCCCAAAGUAACUUCGAACUCAGCCCAGGCUUCCACAGCGGCGGUAGUGGCACGGGAAGUGGCAGCAACCCUGGGCAACCACAGUACUGGCACAGUGCCGGUCAUGGAGGAAUCAGCUUCAAGGAAGAGGACGAAUUCAUGGAGAUGAACUGAUUAUGUGGUGAAUCCGAUGGUGUAUACAGCAUUUGCAGCAAACGUGACGUGGAUUGAGAUGAAGUGUCACAGCUUAACAGACCGCAGUUGGUCAUGAUGGCAUUAAUUCGAGACGGUAGAUGUGGGUGGAGUGCUGUCUUGAGUCGAGUUGACUGUCUCUCGUUUUGUCUUGUUUCGUUGGCGCUGGGAAUGGUUUAUUUGAUUGUAUUGACGGUUGCUCGGGCAUAUAAGUUUUGAUACCCCUUCCCUUUUGGAACAUCUCAUCUUUUUUUUUCUUUCUUGUCCUUGCAGGAUUGACUGCGGUACGGCAUAGGGGCUUGUAUUGUAGUAGAGGAGGUAAUAGCAUCGAAAGGGAUUUCCA